CUCACGUUCCUUCAAACAGCAGAGCACGGUCUUGUUUUUAGGCGCAGUGUUCCAUCUGUGGUGCCAAGCCAGGAAGAUGCCCAAUCCGGCGACAUGCCCCUUCCCAGGCUCCCGGCUGUGGCUGGUAUCCGUUGCUCUGAUGGUGCAGUCGGUGAUCUCCUCUUCUUCGACCUACCAGAGACCUGCACCCGGCGGCGGGGGGAAGAGAACGGGGUUCAUGGAGAGGACGCUCAUUUUGCUGGACGUCAACACCCGCAGUCCGGUUCAAGUUCUAAAUGACAACUUCCUCUCUUUACAGUUGGAUCCGUCGAUUAUAAAGGACGGGUGGCUGGACUUUCUGAGUUCCAAGCGUUUGGUAACCCUAGCCCGAGGUCUGUCCCCAGCCUAUCUGAGGUUCGGAGGAAAGAGAACCGACUUCCUCCACUUCCACAACCUGAAGAACCUUGCCAAGUUCAGAGGCCCCGGCCCAGAUUACUACCUAAAAAACUAUGAAGAUGACAUAGUGCGUAGUGACAUCGCCCUGGACAAGCAGAGGGGCUGUAAGCUGGCCAACCACCCUGACAUGAUGCUGGAGCUGCAAAGAGAGAAGGCAGCUCAGAUGCAGCUUGUCCUCCUCAAAGAACAGCUCUCCAACCUCUACAGCAACAUCACAAUAACAGCCAGGUCUUUAGACAAACUGUACAACUUUGCCGAGUGUGCUGGUCUGCAUCUGGUCCUUGGGCUCAACGCCCAGCAGAGAAACCCCGACUCCUCCUGGAACUCCUCCUCAGCACUCAGCCUCCUCAAAUACAGCGCCGGGAAGAAAUACAACAUCUCCUGGGAACUGGGCAACGAGCCUAAUGGCUACCGUAGCAUGAUGGGUCAGACAGUGAACAGUACCCAGCUAGCCCAGGACUACACCCUGCUGAGAACGUUACUGCAGUCUGUACGCUACUAUAGCCGAGCACACCUCUUGGGCCCGAACGCUGGACGACCACGCAAAAACGCCAUUCUGCUGCUCGAUGGGUUCAUGAAGAACGCUGGUUCUGUUGUGGAUGCUGUAACGUGGCAACACUACUACAUGGAUGGCAGAGUGACCAAAGUAGAGGACUUUCUGAAGACCCGCCUGCUGGACACCCUGACCGAACAGAUCACCAAAGUACUCAAGGUAGUGAAUAGCCAUGCACCUGGUAAGAAGGUGUGGUUGGGGGGAGUAGGUCCGGCAUGGGCUGGAGGAACCAAUAACCUCUCUGAUACCUAUGCUGCUGGCUUUCUGUGGCUGAACACUCUGGGCAUGGCAGCGAUGCAGGGGAUUGAUGUUGUCCUGCGACACUCGUUCUUUGACUAUGGAUACACACACCUCGUAGACCAGCACUUUAACCCACUACCGGACUACUGGUUGUCCCUGGUGUUCAAGCGUCUGGUCGGUCCCAGGGUGUUGGCAGUGCGGGUAGCAGGCUUGCAGAGGAAACCACGACCAGGGAGGGUUAUACGAGACAAACUACGGAUCUACGCACAUUGUACCAGCUUCCACAAUCGUAACUACGUGAGAGGAUCCAUAACGAUCUAUAUCAUCAACCUGCAUCGGUCGAGGAAGAAAAUCAAGCUGGCGGGAACCUUACGAAACAUGACUGUCCAUCAGUACCUGGUACAGCCCUAUGGGACAGACGGACUUCACGCCAGGUCAGUCCAGUUGAACGGAGAAAGGUUGUUGAUGGUGGACAAUGAGACAUUUCCGGAGUUGAAGCCUCGGACGCUGCGGGCGGGAAGGACAAUAGCCAUGCCCCCUAUGACCAUCGGCUUCUACGUCAUCAAGAACAUCAACGCUUACGCCUGCCGCAAAUAAUACUCAACACACUCCUCCUCACCCUUCACCCCGAAAUCCUUCACCCUCCCCCCACACUCCUCACCCCCUAGCCCUCAUCCCUCACCCCCUAGCCCUCAUCCCUCCUCACCCAUCACCACUCCCACCAUUUCCUAAUACCGGACCACCUCCUCACCCCUCACCACCCCCACCAUUUCCUAAUACCGGACCACUUCCUCACCCCUCACUAACCCCACCAUUUCCUAAUACCGGACCACCUCCUCACCCCUCACCACCCCCAUUUCCUAAUACCAGACCACCUCCUCACCCAUCACCACCCCCACCAUUUCCUAAUACCGGACCACCUCCUCACCCCUCGCUCCACUUAUCCUUACGUCCUAACCCUCAUCCCUCCUCACCCCUCACUCCACUUAUCCUUACUUCCUAGCCCUCAUCCCUCCUCACUCCACUUAUCCUUACUUCCUAACCCUCAUCCCUCCUCACCCCUCGCUCCACUUCUCCUUACUUCCUAGCCCUCAUCCCUCCUCACCCCUCGCUCCACUUAUCCUUACUUCCUAGCCCUCAUCCCUCCUCACCCCUCGCUCCACUUAUCCUUACUUCCUAGCCCUCAUCCCUCCUCACCCCUCGCUCCACUUAUCCUUACUUCCUAGCCCUUACUUUCUACCUUCUGGUUCGUUAUCACUAUUCCCUAGUCCCUGGUCUGACUCUGAAAGGCUUGCUCUUUGUCCAAAACAAGGGUUGCACUGAAUACCUUUCAAUCGCUCUCUACACCAACUCCCCAUGUGUUGUGAGAUGGACAGUGAUUAUUCUACUAUGGGAUUUUGUAUUGUUUUGUAAAAAGGUUAUUGAGUUUUGUUAUGACAGUACUUCUAUGUCAGAAGGUUGUAUCAUCCUCCAACAAUACUUCUCUUCCAUGUCUUUGAUCAUCAGAUCUACUAACGGUCACUCAGCUUUGUAUCUGCCAGCAACUCUUAUUGUUUCCCCCGCAAACUCCUUUCAACUCUCUGUUGUUGAUACUCACAAACUCCUGGCAGACGGUUAGACAGAAAGAAGAGAAAACAUGGAGAAAACACAACCAGUCAACCGCAGGGCAUGUGUUAGCUCCAACAGCCAUGUCUGCUGUCUGAUUGAAUUAUCUGUGUGUGUGUGUGUUCCUGCGUGAGUGUGUGUGAAUACCCCUGCUGAUGAGCCUGUCCUUGUCUACCAUGUCCAUCAGGGAAAACAUGUUAUCUUGCUUUCUGAAACAGCUCGGCUUACAUCUAUAACUAAACGGUUCAUUGGUAAUUGGGAAUCUCUUUGUGGUAUGUCUGUUGUCUGAAUGACAGUUUAAGGCAGCGAUGCACAUCCAGGGCUGGGGAGUAACUGAUUACAUGUAAUCUGAUUUAUUAUUUUUUUAUUAAUGUAUUCAGUUA